UAGGUGCUGUGAUGUGUGUUAUCAGUUUAUGGUUAGAAGUAGAACGAGGCUGUCUACUGGAGACCAAGGUGGCUAUUGCUUAAGCGCGGUGCACGCAUCUAGCAACACACACACAAAAAUAACAAGGCGACUUCAAAUAUAUCACUUUCUUCCGAUAAAUGCGAGCUUGGAGAAAUAUUCGGAUACUCGAGAAAUUGAAAGACUUGAAACAUUAUAGAAGGAACAUCGAAUUUUGUCCAUGCUUGUAAUACAAUAAGAGCUCGAGAGGUUUAUACAGACAGUGUAUAUAUAUAUAUAUGAAGUUGUCUGGAUGUUUUUAUAUUUUUCUGUUUUUUUUUCACGAAGAGGAAAAUCCUUCUCUGCGAAGCAAAGUUGACCACGCUGGAAUUUAAAAAAACUAAAGCGAAUUUCUGAAAAGUAGAAACAGAAGUUUUCAAAUAAAUCAAAUCCUUUUUCAUCUUCAGUUGGAUUAUGAUUACAAGUUCUUUUCUCUUGAUGAUUCCCUAAUGUAUAUAAACAAAAUAGUAUAAGUCUGCGUGCUUGGCGACUGUAUUAUACAUGUGGUUGUAUAUGCAUUUUUGAGGGACAUGAUUUUAGGCCCAGAAUCUUCUAUCUGUAGUUUGUCCUCCAUGUCGGCAAACCCACCAGGUUUUGGUCAGUUUUCUAAUAACAACUACAUGCCUGGCAUAGGCAACCCAUGUGUUACCCAGUUUGUCUCUCCGACUUUCUUGAACUCAUCUUCAGUUUCCACGGGGACUACUAACACAGUUUCUUCUGCUGUGUCUUCACCAAUCCUAUCUCCCCCUUCAUCAUCGCAGUUAUUUUUAAAUUAUGGGGGACUUCCCUUUGCACAGCACAUCCAGACUGGUUUCACAUUUACUUCACCAACUCAGUCAUAUUCACUGAUGGGAUCGCCUUCUGGUGCAAUGUUGCCCGGAGGGGUGACCGGUCCCCAUUUACAUCACUUGCACCAUUAUAAUUCUCAUAUUGGUGGUGGAAAUUCCUACCUCCAUACUUCAACAGCAACGACCCCUAGCACAGCCCCAGGAGUUGGAGUCACCUGGCAACAUACUGUACCGUCAUCCAUGCCAUGGGUUCAAGCGAAUUCCAUUACACCUAAUCCCGUUUGUUUCAGCGAUGUUAUGUCCUCCUCAUCUAUUCUCACUGGGAAUGAUCCGAAACCUUCAUGUAGCUGCUCUCCUCGGCGACCAAAAAGAAGAGGAACAGAUAUGUAUGAAGAAACAGAUAUGUUCCAGAUACCUCCCAACAAAGUCUGUCUGUCAGAAGAGAAAGUAGCUCGCCAAUUACAAGAGCUAUCCAUUAGCCCAGAUUCAUAUUCUUGCUUAUCCCGAUCAUCAGUGUGUGACUUUUCCCAAGAUGAACAACGUUCAGAAAAUAUCAGCCACUGGCAGGCAAUGAAUAAAACAAAAGAAAACCAGUCAGAUACUAAUUUAGCAGAUAUGGAUGAAAGCAGUAAUGUCUUAAAAACUAAAACUAGAAAUCCUCGGAGUGUUGUUCAAGAUAUAAUUGAUGAAGAUGAAAAGGAAAGCUCUGAAAAUAAAACAAAAAGGUCUCUUCAUAUUUGGGAAGACCUUAGCAAGGAUAUACUAGCUCCAAAAAAUGUCUUGCCAAGGAAAAUUAUUGAAGAAAUUAUUUCAACACCAAAACCUUGCCUAGAUGUGGUAUUGUGGCGGCCACCAGAUGUUUUGGCUAAUGUAGUAAAACAAUCUCCUGAAAAUACUUUUCCUAGUAACAACAUCACUCAAGACCAGCCAACUCAGGAGGAAUUACCGAAAAGUGCCUUAAAUUUUCCAGAUAUUAGUUUACUACCAUUUACCUCUGUGCAAGACACAUCAAACAUUUAUAAGUCUUACUUUUCAACUGAAGAUGAUGUUAUGGAUAUCUGAAACCUUGUGGAUUUUAAAUACAUUUCUUUUUUUUGUCUGCUUCAACAGAUAUUUUUUUUUUUUUUU